AUGGAUAUCACACUUUCUCCUAGAGCAUCAGGAAAAUAUAUUUCCUCUUUAGCCAAGUACAUAAAAAUAAAUGAUGGAGAAGUUGAAAAAACAGCUCUGAAGGUUGUUGAUCUUCUUCAAAACCAUACAAUAUCGUUGUCAAAAAUUUCUGAAGAUGACCUUUGUCCCACAACCUCUGAUGAAGAAACCAUUAAUUGGAUAUUUGUCGUUGACACACUUAAUUUUUGUUUUUGGUCAUCUGGCACCGAAAACUGGAACGUCACCUGGAAAGGAAAAACAUAUUCAGGAUACUUUGCUUUGUGUGCAGCCAUAAACAGAGCUUUAAGUGAAGGCUAUUCAGUUACCGAUCCAAAAUUUUAUUCUCAAAUAUCAAUAAGAGAUCUAAAAACCAUAUUUAGGGGAGAUAAUGAAUUAAUAUCUAUUCCGCUUCUAAAUAAAAGGCUUGACUGCCUACAUGAAAUCGGACUGAUACUUCUUGAAAAGUUUGAUGGAAAAUUUUCAAAUUGUGUUUUGUCAAGUGAUCAUUCAGCUAAAAAAUUACUUCAAGUAAUAGUUGAUAAUUUUCCUUGUUUUAAAGAUGAGUCAAAUUAUAAAGGCAAAAGAGUUUCAUUUUAUAAAAGAGCUCAAAUAUUAAUUGGUGAUCUAUGGACUCAUUUUAAGGGGAAAAAUUUUGGAUUUUUUAAUGAUAUCGAAGAAUUAACCAUGUUUGCAGAUUACAGAGUUCCACAAGUAUUGGCUUAUUUCAAUAUUCUCGAAUAUGAUGAAGUAUUAAUGGAUAAAUUAAAAAAAGGUGUGAUUUUAGAAUCUGGAUGUGAAGAAGAAGUAGAAAUAAGAGGUUGCACAAUUCAUGCAAUUGAAUUAAUAAAUCAAAAAGUAAAAGGAAUACUUACAAAUGUCGUUGAAAACAUUUCUGAAAACAAUGAUAAUGAUGCUUUGGUGUGCAAUUCCAUACUGUUGGAUCAUUAUUUUUGGAAUUACAGAAGACAGCAUAGAACAGAAGUUGAAAAUAUUCCAUUUCAUAAAACUUUAUCAGUUUACUAUUAA